AUGACCGACAACCAUCGCCUCCUACAGGCGAACUUGAACCAUUCCGCCAGGGCGCAGGACCUUCUACUCCAAACCCUGGCAGAGUGGAACAUAGACCUGGCUGUGGCGGCCGAGCCGUACCGCGUCCCUGCUAAGUCCAAUUGGAUAGGCGACGCGGACGGCUCGGUUGCAAUCAUCGGGAAGAGCAGCGCAGACGCCAUCCCCCUGACUCUGCUGAGCAGGGGAGGCGGCUUUGUAGCCGCUAAAUGGGGGGAAAAUGCCGUGGUGGGGGUGUAUUUUUCGCCUAACCGCGACCAGGCCGAAUUCCGGGCAUACCUGGACCGGGUGGCGACAGCUAUACGUCGCCAACUACCCGGUCCAGUGCUAGUAGCGGGGGACCUCAAUGCCAAGUUGGCGGAAUGA